ACCCCGCCCACAGACAACCGCGUUCUGUCCCCGCCCCUCGCCGUGACACGGCUCCUCCCGCUGCCAGGUGUUGUGUCCGUACCGUCUGACGGUCAGAGCUCCACAUUAACGGUCUUAGUGAUGCCCGGGACUAGCUAGGUACCUCACUAUCUCUCUUUGGGACCUGGAUUCCGCCUAUUUAGCGUUUGACGUGCGAAGGAACUCCUCAAGACCCGAGCAUCACGGCAACCAGGAUGAAGAUGGACCGGAGGAUGAGGGUGGAGGUGUCGUAAUAAACCCGCCGGUGGAGAACGGCUAGCAUCGAGCUAGCAGCUAGCGGCUAGCUGUCAGUCUGAAACUCUAGUCUCUGUCAUGGCCGGGCUGAUCAAGAAGCAGAUCCUGAAGCAUCUCUCCAGGUUUGCUAAGAACCUGUCCCCAGACAAGAUCAACCUGAGCACGCUGAAGGGGGAGGGGCAGCUGACCAACCUGGAGCUGGAUGAGGAGGUGCUGCAGAGCCUGCUGGACCUGCCCACCUGGCUGGCCAUCAACCGGGUGGGCUGCAACAAGGCCACCAUCAGGAUACCAUGGACCAAACUCAAGACCCACCCCAUCUCGCUGACUCUGGACAAGGUGGUGAUGGAGAUGAGUACCUGCGAUGAGCCACGCCCACCCAACGGACCAUCGCCCAUAGCAACCGCCUCCGGACAGAGUGAGUACGGCUUUGCGGAGAAGGUGGUGGAGGGCAUGUCUCUGUCCAUCAACUCCAUCGUGGUGCGGAUCAGCGCCAAGGCCUUCAACGCCUCCUUCGAGCUGUCCCAGCUGCAGGUGUACAGCGUCAACACCUCCUGGAGCCUGAGCGACCUGCGCUUCACCCGCAUCACCGACCCCCAGCGGGGCGAGAUCCUGACCUUCAAGGAGAUCAGCUGGCAGAUGAUCCGCAUCGAGGCGGACGCCAUCCAGAGCGCCGAGCACGAGAUGCUGAGCGCGCCCAUCAGGCUCAUCACCAACCAGUCCAAGAUCAGGGUGACCCUCAAGAGACGGAUGAAGGACUGCUACGUGGUGGCCUCCAAGCUGGUGCUGAUCCUGGACGACCUGCUGUGGGUGCUGACCGACUCCCAGCUCAAGGCCAUGGUCCAGUACGCCAAGUCGCUGAGCGAGGCCAUGGAGCGAUCGGCCCAGCAGAGGAAGAGCAUGGCCAGCGAGGAGCAGGGGUCGUCUCCGCCCCCCACCCAGCAGGUGCGGACGGCGGCGUCCUCGGCCGCGGCGGACCAGACGGCGAGCAUGGCGCGGCUGUUCAGCGCCUACGACGUGUGUGAGACGUCCCACCACCUGCAGAUCACACACCUGGACCUGCACAUCUGUGACGACACCCACUCCCCGGACAAAGUGAGCAACAAGCGGCUCACGGGUGGAGCGAUGCAGCUGUCCUUCAGCCUCAUCACCCUGGAUUACUACCCCCUCCACCGAGCAGGUGACAGCUGUCUCCACUGGAUGCACUACUCUGAGGCCACCAAGGCGAGGGAAGGCUGGGCUCGCUCUCUGCUGGACGAGUUCAAGGUCAACGUGGAGUUGCUGAAAGGCGUCGUCAGAGACCAGCAGGGGCCCAGCGCCGCCCAGGGGUCACCCCAGCACGGUAAGAUCAGUACCGGCUCCACCUCCUUCUCUCCUCCUCCUCCCCAGAGCCCUAAGACUCAGCUCAUGUCCAGCUCUGUGGUUCUGCGCAUGGCCGACUUCUGCAUCUACCAGGUGUCUACGGCGGACCAGAGGCGCUCCAGCCCCAAGGCGAUGGUCUCGUGCAACAAGAAGACCCUCUACCUGCCCCCCGAGAUGCCCGCCGUCCACGUGGAGUUCACCGAGUACUACUUUCCCGACGGGAAGGAUUACCCCAUCCCGUGCCCCAACCUGUACGUGCAGCUCAACGCCCUCCAGCUGGUGCUGGACCCCGGCAGCCUGGUGUGGCUCAACCUGUUCGCCCUGGACCUGCGCCAGAGCCUGGAGCAGUUCAUGGACCUGUACAAGCUGGACGCCUCGCAGAAACCCGACGAGCACGUGGACAUCAAGGUGGACGGCCUCAUGCUCAAGCUGGUGGUCCCCACAGAGCGGGACGCCUCCUACCCCCCCGACCUCCCGCGCUCCGUGUCGGUGCAGACCUCGGAGAUGGUGGCCACCAACACCCGCCACCACCCGUCCUGCGGGCGCACCCACCUGCAGGCCCUCCUGACCGCCUUCCAGCAGGAGGCCUUCUUCUGCUCCUCCUCCGGCCACGCCUUCCCCCGCGGCGGGCCCUCCCCCUCCGACCAGGGCCCCUCCUUCGACCUGCUCCACCCCGCCUUCUGGCGCCACGCCCAGGAGCGGGACACGCCCCUGAACGGCGUCUACGCCGGCGCGGGCGCCCCGGCCGCGCUGAGCGGCCACGCCCUGCGGCCGGCGGCGGCGGCCGACGUGUGGGCGCUGCACUUCGCCCAGUUCUGGGUGGACUACGAGGGGAAGGGGCGGCGGCCUCAGCCCUUCGUGGACUCCUUCCCGCUGGCCGUGUGGGCGUGUCAGCCCGGCGGCGCCCCGCCCCCCCGGCCGGAGGCCAGCCUAUCACGGAGCGGCUCGGAGGAGGCGCUGGGCCGGCUGCAGAGGAAGCGGCUCCUGAAGGAGUACUACAGCACCGAGGGGGGGGCGGAGCCCGGCGCCGGCCCCGCCCCGCCCCCCAGCAACGGGCUGCAGGAGCCCCGCGACCCCGCCUCCGCAGACGUGCACGUGCUGGUGCACGUGCAGAAGCACUUAAGCGCCCAGGUGAGCCACCGUCAGUACAUGUUCCUGAUGCGCCUCCAGCGCAGCCUGAAGGCGCUGCAGCAGACGCUGCAGACGGACCUGGAGGCCAUGGGCUCCAAGAGGGACCGCAAGGACCAGCGCUCCACCUCCACCUCCAGCCCCUCCACCCCCACUCCCCCCACCCCCAGCAGCCCCCCCGGGGCCCCGGACCCCCGGCUCUUCGGCGUGUGCCUGGGCCUGCUGCUGCGCAGCGCGGAGGUGGCCCUGCUGCUGCAGCCCGUGGCCCCCCAGGGCGGGGGCUCGGGCUCCUCCCUGGGCUCGGAGCUCUCCCCCUCGGAGAGCCGCGGCACCCUGGGGCCGGGCAGCGACGGGGGCGAGGCCUGCGGCGUGGACCAGAUGCUGUGCGGGGGGGCGCCGGAGGGCGGGGGCGCCGUCCCCCUCCUCCUCCCCACCGCCGCCCGCCCCGCCCCCACGGACCCCCAACGCCGCAAGGCCUCGCUGGAGGAGCGCGGCCAGGGGGGGCGGAGCUUCGACGACGGGGGCGUGGCCGACGGUCUGACCGGGGGGGAGGAGCAGGACCCUCUGGACCCCACCCCCAAGAUGCCCCAGUCCGUGUCCAGGAAGGGGAGUCUCUCUGUGGUUUCUGACCUCCUCAGCUCCUCACACUCGAGCCGAUCAGCUUCUCUUUAUUCCAUGUCCUCCAUUGGUCGGCUGAUGAAGGAGCGGUCCCAGUCCAGCUUCUCCGUCUCCUACAAGACGGUGAAGAAGAGUCCGUCGCUGCAGUCACUGGACAACAUCUCCAUAGACAGCUACCUGAUGGAGGACACCGACCUGGAGAGAGACGACGUGUCCAUCUCGGGCUUCAAGGACACGGUGAGCGAGCAGAGCACCACCGAGAGCGCCAACGAGGCUGCCAUUGGUGCAGAGCAGGAGGGGGGCGUGUCCCCGGACACGGUCAGCGCCGCCUCCCAGAGCAUCGACGAACCCACCAAGGACCUGGUGUCGGUGCUGGUGCUGAAGGUGGAGGCGGUGUGCGGGGCGGUGGCGGUGGAGGGCGACAGCACGGCCGUGGCCCUACAGGUGGGCCAGGUGCGGCCCAGCCAGCUGGGCAACAUCAGCCUGAGGCAGUACCUCAGCAACCGCAGCCUCGGUAUGGUGUGUUCAGUACCUAUACCUGCUGCUCAGAGCACACCAGGUGGUGGUGGCCCUGUGGAGGUAGAACCGCCGGGCCCCCGCGGGCCCCCUGAGGUCCAGGCCCGUCUGGAAAGCGGCCCCUGCGCCGCCGCCCGCUCCCCGCUGGCCGAGCGCAGCGGUUUCCUCCAGCUGCGUCUCCACGGUUACCGCGGCGGCUUCCUGUCGUCCACGCUGCAGAACCUCGCCCACUUCCUGGAGGACAAGUCGGCACCGCAGGUCCUGCCCCUGGAGAUCAGCGUCAGGGACACACACGUGGACCUCAAGGAUGAUGCACGUGACAACCCGUCGGAGCCUGAGCCCAACCCCAUCAGCGUGCACGUGGACCGACUGCUGAUCCACAGGAGAGAUGACGGCUCCUUCUCUAUAGGAGUGGACACCGCAGAUGAGUCCAAACCUCCCAAAGUGCGGCCGUUGAUUGACUGCCCUCUGAGUCCGGUUCCCGAGACAGUGGGUGUGUUCCAGGGAGUUGCCAUGGCGACUCAGACGCAAGCCCCACCCACUUGCAUCCCGAUCCAAUCAAACCAUGAAAAGAUGCUGGUGGAGGAGAACGAGUGUCUGAAGGUGGAGCUGUCCAGAGCCAAGAUGGCUCUGGCAGAGGCCCAGAUGGAGAAGGACUCGCUGCUCCACCAGAUGAGGAACCUGAAGAUGACCAGCUAGAGCCAAGCUCCUACUCAUCAUCAUCCUCCUCUCCGUCCUCCCUAACAUGCUCCGCCCUCUCCCACCUCCUCACCCCCCCUCCCUGUCAUCCAUCCCAAACCCCCCCCUCCCCGUCAUCACCCAAAACCCCCAUCCCUGUCAUCUUCCCCCCCAAGUCGGUGUGGCCGCGGCCCGCAGUGAUCAACCACGGCCACCAGAGGGUGCCAGCGUGAAACAAAAUGCUGACUAACGCAACAUUCACAAGCAAAGUCAACAGAGAAGCAGGGGGCCGGGUGCUUACCUAAGGGCCACACAUCCAGUCCCCCGGCCAGACCCUGUCCCCACUGGACCGACCCUGUCCAGUCCGCUGGGACCCUGAACUCGUUUUGGUCUCCAGAAGGACUUCUUUUCGGUCCUUUGUCUGCUUGUUUUGGACCUUUCUUUUAAACCGUCUCUGUUGAGAAGGUUCCAAAGUGACUUGAGAACCCUGGAGACCGACGCGUCUCUAAGAGAACUUCAACAAGGGAACACUUAUUUUGCACAGCACUAAAAAUGUACCGCGAGGGGUCAGGGGUUAGAGAGCUUUUAGUUGUUUUAAGAGUGACUAUGGAUGAUGGUGCUUUAUAGUAAACGAAUGUGGAAAAACACCUUUAACCCAGGUGUGUGUGUGUGUGUGUGUGUGUGUGUGUGGGGGUGUGUUUGUGUGGCGGCAUUUCAUUGCAACAAGAACAAAAUAACAAAAGUAUUUCCAGUUUCUAGAUUAGCGCCUUCCUAGAUCGGUGUGUCAUGCUAUCCCCCCGCCCCCCUCCCUGCACUAUCAGUGUCCAAUAGACAGCUGCCUGUUGACUUCUCAACCCACCAAUGACGAACAAGCGUAGAGAGCGAUGAGACUGAGGGGGCGGGGCCUCAUCCUCUCAGGAGUUAUUUAGUAAGACACACCCCCUCCUUGAUGCUGCCUAGAUACACAGUUGUGUGUGUGUGUGUGUGUGUGGAUAAUUGUGAAGCAGGCUGCUGCUGCUGCCUUGUGCCCAUGAGCAGGACCUGGAUCGGCCUUCUGUCCCAACGGCCCAAUGGGAGCGACCGGGGGGGGGGGAGGGCGUCAUCAGUCCCCACAGGAGGGGGCGUCGCCAUGUGCUUAGUCUUUCCAAAGUGUGCUCGCUAAACUGUUUGUCUAGUGACUUGGCUUCUCAUCGCACCCCCCCCCCACAGUGCACCCCUUCUCCUGCUGGGGUCUGGAUUCCGGGACUGGGGUCCGGGACUGGGGUCCGGUCCAGGGGCGUCUCCCCCCCCCCCCCCCCCCCCCCCAUCACCGCGGCGGCAAUAAAAUAAAAACGGGAAUGUGCGGUCGAGUUAGAUUGUCUACGCCUGAUUGUAUGUAGUCUCUUAGCUUUUGUUCUCUUCUGCAGUGUGAUGAGGGUGGGGUCGACGUUGAUAUGGUGGACGGGGCGAGGGAGAGGCUUUCCCUCCACAAGCUCCGCCCCUCGUCAUUUGAGGCUCCACCCCCUCUGAGACUAAAAACACUUGAAUUAAAAACGGAUGUUGUCUGUCAGCUGCUGAGAUAUUGGUGGAAAUAAAAUGUUCUAAGAUUUAA